GAUGUAUAGGUAAUAAUCAAAGUCACCUAACAUUAGAAGUGAUCCCAAUCAAUCUUUAGACUCGGUAAUAAGUGGUAAUAAGUAGAACCAACACCGUAACGAGCGGAGAAAUUUGUACAAUAAUUAUAACUAGUCAACAAAAGGGUAAUCCAGAGGCAUAAAUCUGGCCGGGUAUGGCUAAUUAAAGAAGCAAAUUUUACUCUACGUUAAUUGGCAUGCAUGCAUGAUGGGAGGAGAAACGUCAUUUUCACUAUCUGCGGAAUCCUUUCUUUGGAGUUGCCUUGCACUAAUGUCGUCCCUGUUGUCGAUCCUCGUCGCCGGCGUACAAUAUCCGGAGGCAGCUUUGCAGACACUGGUCGCGGGCUGCUGGGCCGCGUCGAUGUGCAUACUGAUCGGCUUCUACGAUCCAGGCAGCCGCGGGAGACGAAGCAUCGGCCGAGCCAAUAAGACAGCGCUGGAGACGGCCUGUUUACUCGCCGCCGCCACGAUGAGAUACUCGGUUCCUUGCUACGACCCGUACAUUCGCGACAACAACGAUUUCAGCGAAUAUAGUGUGAAUAUGUACUACUACAUUGUGCUCGUCCUCGCCACCCACAUGGUCUAUGGCUAUCUCAAGGCUGUCCGGCUCCCAGCCGACGUGGAUUUCGGGGAUCUGUGGUCGGUGACGUUGAUGGAGAAUCUCGUGUAUUGGGCGCCUGCGUCCAGCACCGCGGCCCAGCUGGCUUCCUUCGCCUUGUGCUCGGCCGCCGUUGCCUAUAGUCACAGCUACCAUCCCUCGUCGAGGAGCAUCGUCCCCGAGGGGUUAGCUUCAUGCCUGGUUUCCGCUCUGGGGCUCCCAUUGUUCUUCGUCCCGUUCUUGUGCGAUUAUUUACUACACCUGAUCAUCGGGGAUGGAGAUUGGGUGCUCCGAAUGAGGAUCGUUAAUAUUUUUUCUUUUUUUGCUGGUUACAUCUACCUGUACACGCUGGGGAUGCGGUGGACGCGCGAGAAAGUUCGCGUCGACAACGAGCGUGCUGCUGCCGAGACAAAGAAGAAACAAGUCGAUGCUAUGGUACUUGUUCAUUACAACGCUCUGCAACUCACGAGGAGGGGAAAGAAAAAUUGGUCCUUUUGAUGCUUAUGAUCAUGUUUGUCACUCUUUCAACUUUUUUUUCUUCUUCCCAGGUUGUGUUGUAUUAAGAAAUACACUCUAUAGUAGAUUCUCAUGUAUGAUUUUCUAUCUUAUACGAGAAGAAGAUGUACCAUUACUAUAUACAGGGGCGGACCCAGGGAGGUUUAGGGGUGUCCGGGAAAACAGUUGUCCAAUUCUCAGUGGUAAUUUACGUAUGGAAAAAAAAUUGAUAGUGAGGGACACCCCUUAAAUUUGAAAAAAUGAUUAUCCUACUGUCAUUUGUGUAUAGGAAUAUAAGUGGUAGGUUGGAUAAUUCAAAUUUUGAACACUAUUAUUAUUAAUAAACUUAAUUUCUAUUG